AUGGCAGGGUCUUCUCGAUGGGGCAUGGAUCCCGCUGUCGCUGCGACGGACUCGGGUUCGAAUCCGUUCGCUGCCGCCUUACCACACGGCCAGUUUGUGCCGUCUAAUCUGCCGACGCAUCUCCCGGCGCAUCUGCCAGCGCACCUGCCUCCGCACAUGGCGGUCGACAGCAGCGCCGCUCUCCGCCAAAUGGGCCUUCCCUCCGCCUUUUCCGCCCCCACCGGCGCAACUUUCGCCGCGCCGCCUGCCGCGCUCGGCGCGCAGGCUCUAGGCGGGAUGGCGGGACCGGCGGGUUUGGCGGCGCUUUAUCCGUGGAGAUUCGGUGGAGUUCCCUUCGCGGCGGGCCAGGCUCCCGCCGAGGCUCCGCUGUCUCUCCCCGGACUCCCCAACUUAUCCGCGCCCGGCGGUUUGGCGCGCGGAAGCCCAACCGCCUUCUGCCCCUCCACAACAGCUGCACCGAGUAGCGCUCCUGGCGCGAGCGUGAGCGCAGGCCCUUCCGCGCACGCCCCGUUCCCCAUCUCUGCGCCCGUACCUUCAGCCUGGUCCCCGUACAUGGGCGCAUAUCCCCCCGGAUUCGCCCCUCUUCACCCAAUGUCCGCGCAGCACCUGCCUGGUGCUCCCCCAUUCGCUCCCCCAUUCAGCGUGCCUGCGUUUCCGCCUGGCGCGCUUGCGCCCUGGUCCUCUGCGGGGUUCGCCCAUGCGCCUCUCCCCCACCCCGCGCAGCUUCCGCCACACCCGCCCAUGGAACUUUCCCGCCCGUCGGAAAUGAAUUUCCCCGCGUCCGCGCAGGGGUUGAGUGGGAAGAGGGGGAGGGAAGGCGAGGGGAAUGCGAGUGGGGGCGAUGGCGCAGUGGAUUUUUUUAACAAGCGGCAACGACAUGCGUCGGCCACUGAAGGGAAGGCCACCGACCCAUAG